GAUGCAGAUGGGCGAUGCAGAAUGCAGAGCCGGAGCCCCGGAGCCUCUCCCUGGGGGGCCAUGUGGGUUUCGACAGCCUCCCGGACCAGCUGGUCAGUAAGUCAGUCACUCAGGGCUUCAGCUUCAACAUCCUCUGCGUGGGGGAGACUGGCAUUGGCAAGUCCACGCUGAUGAACACACUCUUCAACACAACCUUCGAGACGGAGGAAGCCAGCCACCAUGAGGAGCGCGUGCGUCUGCGGCCCCAGACCUACGACCUCCAAGAGAGCAACGUGCAGCUCAAGCUGACUAUCGUGGACGCCGUGGGCUUUGGGGACCAGAUCAACAAGGAUGAGAGUUACAGGCCCAUAGUCGACUACAUCGAUGCGCAGUUUGAAAACUAUCUGCAGGAGGAGCUGAAGAUCCGCCGCUCACUCUUUGACUACCAUGACACAAGGAUCCAUGUUUGUCUCUACUUCAUCACGCCCACAGGGCACUCCCUCAAGUCCCUGGACCUGGUGACCAUGAAGAAACUGGACAGCAAGGUAAACAUUAUUCCCAUCAUCGCCAAGGCUGAUACCAUCUCCAAGAGUGAGCUCCACAAGUUCAAGAUCAAGAUCAUGGGCGAGCUGGUCAGCAAUGGGGUCCAGAUCUACCAGUUUCCCACUGAUGAUGAGGCUGUUGCAGAGAUUAACGCCGUCAUGAAUGCACACCUGCCCUUCGCGGUAGUUGGCAGCACCGAGGAGGUGAAGGUGGGGAACAAGCUGGUCCGAGCACGGCAGUACCCUUGGGGAGUGGUGCAGGUGGAGAAUGAGAAUCACUGCGACUUCGUGAAGCUCCGGGAGAUGCUGAUCCGGGUGAACAUGGAGGACCUCCGCGAGCAGACCCACAGCCGGCACUAUGAGCUCUACCGGCGCUGCAAGUUGGAGGAGAUGGGCUUCCAGGACAGCGAUGGUGACAGCCAGCCUUUCAGCCUGCAGGAGACAUAUGAGGCCAAGAGGAAGGAGUUUCUGAAUGAGCUGCAGAGGAAGGAGGAAGAGAUGAGGCAGAUGUUUGUCAACAAAGUGAAGGAGACAGAGCUGGAGUUGAAAGAGAAGGAAAGGGAGCUCCACGAGAAGUUUGAGCACCUCAAGCGGGUCCAUCAAGAGGAGAAGCGCAAGCUGGAGGAAAAGCGGCGGGAGCUGGAAGAGGAGACCAAUGCCUUCAACCGCAGGAAGGCCGCGGUGGAGGCCCUGCAGUCGCAGGCCUUGCACGCCACCUCGCAGCAACCCCUGAGGAAGGACAAAGACAAGAAGAAUUAAUGCACACACAGACUUACAUGUCAAGAGCGGACUUUAGACUUUCAUGUGUUAAGUUGCUUGAGUUACACCUUGUGAUCCUUCUCCCAUAACAUGGUGUGAGGACGGACUGGGAGCCGGUACAGACUCCAGUGUUUACAGACUUGCUUUCCCCCCGCCUGCCCCAGCCCCAGCUGCCCCUGGGUCUGACGGGCCAUCCCUCUCUAUGCAAUCACGUAAAAACAGCCAUGAAUGCUGGAAUCCAAAACUGACGAGGUUUAUUUUUUUCAGAGCCAGUGGCUGGUCUUCCAUUUACAGUGUCACUAUUCCUUGACGGAGCAGUUAUGUGCCGCUUUAGCGAAGGCCCCAGCCGGCGAUGCUGGGCCUAACUGUUCAGCGUCAAGAUGGCAACUCACGUGGUGCUCUAGGUGCGGCCGCGUGGCCUGGUAUACGUGCUGCACAGCUCACCCGAUUCCCUGUCAUUUUAAUUUUUCUAACCUAGAGCUUUAUUUCAAUAAUAACUUUCAAAACACUUCUAAAUUUUUAUUUUGGCAUGAGAAUAAAGACAGAUAAUGUCCUCUCCCGUUAUUUUCGUAAGUAACACAGAUUCCCUGAUUUUUAAGAACUAAAAUUUCUCCAGACCUUCCUUAUGUAUAAAGUACCCCAUAUAUAGGGAGAGGUGGGUAAUAAACUUCCUAUAAUGACAGUGUUCGGAAUUUCUUUAUGGAUGAAAGUGGAACACGAACAAGACCAUGUCCAGUGUUUUUACUGUGAAUGUAAAUGGAACAGCAGCCUGUAGCCGUUGUCCGUGUACCCACAGGUGCUACCUGUAAACAGGGACCAACUCCAUGUGUGUGCGUUAAGUGUCUGAUUCCGUUAAGACCCCAGACCAAUUCUGCAUAUUCCAAGCACAGAGUGCUCCAAGGGGAGGUGGUUUUUAUUCCGAAAUCAUUGUUUCCUUUUUCCUUGCUGAGUCACAGGGCAAAGAUAUGAAGGUGUCUGAUAUAUGUGGGCAAUUUAAGGAACAAAAAAUAAAAAUAAAAAACCUAGCAGCAAAGGAGCUUUUCCCUUCAGCUGCACUCCAAAGGAGGACACUUCAAGGACUAGCUGCAUUGUUUCUUUUAUGUUCCUGUUUCCUGUUGGUUUGCCAGCCACUGGGAUUAUCGGGGUCGAAAAUAUGGCCUGAUAAAGUGAGAGAAGAGAAAUGAAUAGAUGAAAGGGAACAACUCGGUUAAUGUUGAUGAAGCACUGUGCUGGACACCGGAGCUUCCCACAGUAACACACAGCCCCUACCCCCAAGGAGCUCACAGUGUAGUGCACGUCCUGGUCAGAAGCCUUACAAAGCUGGGCUAAUUUAUUGGUGGAUUGCUAGUGUUUUUCAUGCCCUCAGUCUUCCCUCCCAUAGCUGUUCCCCCCACCCUGCCUGCCUUAGCCUGCUUUGUUGAUUUCCAGGACAAGCACGGGCUUUCUCCUGCCCUUCUGGGCUGGUGGUCCACUCGGAGUGGUGCAGAGGGUGAGCUGUUUGCGCCCACUGAGACACUGCCAGAAAAAUGCGGCUUUUCCAGGCAAGGGGCUCCGCACACCAGGUGUAGAACGGGUUUUAUUAACCCUUAAAGCAAAAAUUCUCCGCAUGUUAUGCCAUGACUGGGGGCAGAUCCAGGUUUUGUGGAGCUGGAAGCUUGAACGAGUUGGGAAGCUUUCUUUAGAAACAAGAAUAUUAAUGGAAAAUUAGAUACAGGGCCUUGGAAGGGACUCUGAAGAUUAAGCUUCAUCAGCUUCACAGUAACCCAGCUCUGAUCCUGACUGAAAACUGGUGUUUUCCAUGUGUGCAGUUUGAAAGAGGAGGCAUCUAAAGAUGUAUGUCAGCAUAUCUAAUGCAGCUGUGGACUGUGAGUGGCUUGUCUUUAGGAUAAUUAUAAGUCUUAAAGUGUAUUCACUUGGGUUGAAAUAUGCCUUUAAGAUAGCCUCAUUCAGCUAAUAUAUUUCUGAAGAAGAGGCUCAGUGGCCCAGCAGGUUCACUGGUUAUAUAAGAAACGAGGACUCCUGGCUCAUGUGCCAAUAUGGGGGCUGGCUCUGGAGUGGGCAGGUUCUGCCACCCAUCCACUGGGGUCUGUGGGCUGCACCCAGGACAGGCUGGAAGGCCGUAAUUGUGUCUGGUGGCCUGUCUGCAGCCUCAAGGCUUCUCAGCAUCUCUGGUGAGACCUGUCAGGCUAGCAUUUUCUGGGGGCUGAGAUGCCCGCCACCAGUUCCAUCUGCACCCCUCUCCCCCUGCUGUUUGUGUUUGGAGUUUUGUCACCUGAAGCUGAGACCAAAUUAAUUCUCAGUGCACAGGUGAGCUUGAAACUUGCCAUGAUUUAACAAGCUACCCCUCAUGGAAUGUGACCUGUCUGUAGGAUCUGAUUCAUCCCUCCCCCCCACCUUCAUAAUGUUGUUUGUUGGCAUUGUUAGGGCUCUCAUAUGGGAUCAUGUUGGCAUAAUUGUGUAUUUCAUGAGCAAUCUUGAUUUCAGGUAGAAUCACCAUGGAAUUUAUUGUUUAAACUGGGACACUUUUGAGAGUGAAAGGGAAUGCUAUUAAUAAUUAUGCCAGGUCUAUGAGCGUGAACCAGAACUGUCCCAGGCAAACUGGGAUGUAUGGUCACCCUAGUUAUGGGUAACUGGUAUCUAGGUGGUUUGCAAUUGUGCGAAGUGACUGCAUAUAUGUUUGUGUGUAUAUGUAUGUGUGGAUUUCCUGCUAAAUGGGGCUCAUCUUACUGGAUAGAGGCCUGACAGAAUUGUGGCUUGCUAGUCUGUUACGUUAACACGCUUUUCUAAAACUGCUUCAUUUGUUAAUUCAUUUGCUCCUUCAUUCAUUGACUGUUUUUGUUCCUUUCCAUUCACUUGUACUCAUUUAUUUUCAUUAAAUUUUGCAUUUAUUUUGA